UUUCAACGUAUUAUUUCUAUCAGCCAAUGAAAAGCUUACCCGUUGGGCAAUGAUCAACUAUAAAACGUAGUGUUUCGUCUUCUCAAAACCAAUUGCAACGGAGAAGAAACAGUUUUCAGGAUGCAGACAGCCAGAGCGGUUUUUCUUUUGGUAGCUGUAUUAGCAAUCAUUUCUGAAACAAAAGCCGGGUGUCCAGGUGGGUUUUCCCUCUUCGCAGGUCAUUGCUACUUAUACGGCAAAGACCCCGAGUUAACAUGGUUUGAGGCUAGUGCGUUGUGUGUUUCGCAGGGUGCAUAUUUAGUAAACAUAGGCUCUUCAAACGAACAGCACUAUAUCGAACGGUCGAUACGUAAUACUGCAAUGAAAAACUUUUGGAUAGGAGCAAACUCUAUUGGCAAAAACCAACAAUAUUGGACCAAGGGUAAUGCAGUUGCAGGGGGCUAUACGAAUUGGCAACAUGGCCAGCCGUCCAAAUAUCACAAGGGCAAUCUAGAACCAUGCACGCUCAUUUGGGGUGAUAAUGGCGAUCGAUGGAAUGAUGUCCAAUGCUUUCAGCGUUAUUUUUACAUUUGUGAGCAUGAUAAUGCAUAAUAAUAAAAAAGUAUAUUGAAGACAAUAGCAGCAUCACAACAUUGUUUGUCCUUGUUAGUCUUAUGAACCAAGAACAUAAUGCUAUGUAUGUUAGAGCACCCUUGGUGGGAGC